UAAUGAUUCGUCAGAUGUCUGAGGGUGUUCGUUGUUCAGAGUGGAGGACAUAGCGGUGGAUUUAUGCUUAUAAAACACAGACGCUUCCUCCUUCCUCCUCAGGAUUGACGGCUGGCCUGACAUCAUUGGCUGCUCGUUGGGAAUGAAUCAUCGCCUCCAUCAGGGGGGGUUCAGAGAUGCUGUCACUGUCACUUCACCCUUAAAAGACCACAGACAACCCCACACGUACACAAACACGCCCAGCCGGGGUGUCUGUAUUCUGUGACAUCUCAAAUCCCGCCGUUUCCCUGGAGCCAGCAUGGAGGAAAUCCUGCGAAAGCUGCAGAAAGACGCGUCCGGACACAAGCACAAAGCUAUCCGCGAUGCCUGCGUCUACGCCUGCGAAACCCUUGAGUCUCAGAAUGGAUCUGCCAAGAUUUCCCCAGCCCAGCUUCGAGAGUGCUGUCUGCUGCCUCUACAGAUGGCCCUGGAGUCUAAAAACACUAAACUGGGACAAACAGCACUCACUGGGAUGCAGAAGCUCCUGUGUGAGGAUAGGUUUGUUGGUGGAAUCAGCCUGGAGGUGGAGGUCCUGGAGAAGCAGUUGCUGAGCCAAAUGUUGGAGGCCAUUAGAGUAACUCCAUCUCUCCAUGAAGACCUACAAGUGGAGGUCAUGAAGGUCCUACUGUGUAUCACCUACUCACCAAACUUUGACAUCAAUGGAGACUCCAUCCUUAGGAUCGCUGAGGUGUGCAUCGAGACCUACGUGUCCAGCUGUCACCAACGCAGCAUCAACACGGCGGUCAGAGCCACGCUGAGCCAGAUACUGGGAGACCUGACGCUACAGCUGCGACACAGACAAGAGGGUGCAGAUGGAGAAGAAGUGACGGCACCACCACUGCAUAGAAGAGAUAUUUCCCCAACCAGCCAGGCUCUGUGUGAAGAUGUGGUGACCGUUCUGACAGUUUUCUGUGAGAAGUUGGAGUCCGUGGACAGUGGAAACCAGCUCCUGCAGCUCCUCUACCUGGAGUGCAUCCUCUCCAUGCUCAGCAGCUGCCCUCCCACAAUGCACCUGUCCAGAGGUUUCACAGACCUUGUAUGGAAGCAAUUGUGUCCAUCCCUUGUGGCAAUUAUGGGAAAUCCUGUCAAUGACAAAACCAUUGCCUCCAACCAUGGCUUCACAGGGACACCAGACCGAGACCGACUCUCUGAUAGACUCAGUCUAGGAAUCGGCCAGGAGUUGGACUCCUCCAGUGGUGGGGUAUUAGAUCAAGGUAGAGGGUCCGGCUGUUCCUCCAGCGCCCCCGCCAGGAUUGCACCUGUAGUGCGGACUGUGUGUUACAUUGCAGCAGAGCUUGUUCGUUUGGUGAGCUGUGUGGAGUCGAUGAAACCAGUGCUUCAGUCACUUUACCACAGGAUCUUGCUGUACCCGCCUCCUCAGCAUCGCACUGAGGCCAUCCGCAUCAUGAAGGAGAUUCUGGGCAGCCCUCAGCGUCUGUAUGACCUGGCCGGUCCGUGUGUGGCUGAGCCUGAAACCAGGAAGCGCUCCUUCUCAAAGAGGAAGUCCCACCUGGACCUGCUCAAACUAGUGAUGGAUGGGAUGACAGAGGCCUGUAUGAAGGGAGGCAUCGAGGCGUGUUACUCCUCGGUCUCCUGUGCCUGUGCUCUGCUCGGGGCGCUGGAUGAACUGUCGCAAGGACGAGGCAUCCAAUCAGAGCAAGCCCGGCUUCUCCUCAGACGACUAGAGGAUCUCAAAGAUGGAACAGAGUCGACACGUGAGUCCAUGGAGAUCAAUGAGGCCGACUUCAGGUGGCAAAGACACAUUCUGUCCUCUGAGCAGGCCCCUUGGGACCCUAGCUCCUCUUCCUCCAACAUGGCAACCAGCGGGGCCACCGAGCGGAGCCCCGACAUCAGCAUUAGCAUCACAACUGAAACAGGCCAAACCACCCUGGACCUGGAAGUAGGGGAGCUUGGCCUGGGUCACACCACUCCUGAGGAGUGUGGGGAAGAUGCACACCUCCCUUCACCUUCAUCCUGCGGAGGCCCAGAGGGGAGCAAACAUGAACUGAGCCUUGAGGUCAGUCAGGGGAACCAACGGGAGCAGGUCGGAGGAGCCGUAGAGGUCGAGGGGAGAGCAGAGAAACUGAGAAUAGGAGUAGGAGAGAGAGGAGGUGUGGUUCCUCCUGAUGUGGUGCAGCGCAGUCAUGCGCUCGUCUACCCUGACAUUACUAACUUCCUGUCAGUGGAGUCCAGGACCAGGUCGCACCAUGGUGGAGGAUCUCGAUACAGCGAGAGCAACUUCAGUAUGGAGGAGCAGGACUUGUCCCGGACAGAGUUUGACUCGUGUGACCAGUACUCCAUGGCUGCUGAGAAAGACUCGGGGCGCUCCGACGUGUCUGACAUCGGCUCUGAUAAUGUCUCACUGGCUGACGAGGAGCAGCAGACGCCUCGUGGCCACCGCUCCCUGCGUACCGCCGCCCUAUCGCUCAAACUGCUCCGCAACCAAGAGGCCGACCAGCAGAGUGCACGCCUGUUUGUCCAGUCACUCGCCGCUCUGCUGCCACGACUGCUGGGAUUGGCUACUGCUACUGAAGUGGACCUGUCACUGCAGAAUUUCUCCUCAACUUUCUGCUCCGGACUGCAAGCGGGUGGAAUCCACUCUCCAGGUUUCGAGGCAGGUGAUACUCUGAGCUGUCAGGCUCUGAUGAAUGCUGACGGUCUCUACUUGGUGUCGUACUACGCUCUGCUGCUCAAUCUCAAACUUUGCUGCUGUGACUACUACAGACGACGGACACUCACACCUGUCCUCAGCCUGAAGGAGUUUGUUCGUCUGAUCCAGAGCAGCGGAGUCCUCGUAGUUCUUUCUCAGGCAUGGAUCGAGGAAUUAUACCACCAGGUGUUAGAGCGCAACCUGCUGGGUGAGGCUGGGUACUGGGGUUCACCUGAGGAUCACACAUUGCCGCUCAUCACCAUGCUAACAGAUAUUGACGGUCUGGGCAGCAGUGCAAUUGGAGGACAGCUGAUCCGGAGGGCAUCCAGCCAAUCACCACUCAGCUAUGACAAGACUGGCAGUGACACUGUGAUGGCAGGAGCUGUUUUCUCCCGGUUCAUCCUCACCGGUGUGUGGAAGAACCUGAUCGAUGUGCUGUCCACUCCACUGACAGGCCGCAUGGCGGGCAGCUCAAAGGGCCUGGCCUUCAUCCUGGGAGCGGAGGGGGUCAAAGAGCAGAGUCAGAGGGAGAGAGACACCAUCUGUCUGAGUUUAGACGGACUACGAAAAGCAGCCGCACUCAGCUGUGCCUUAGGUGUUGCUGCCAACUGUGCGUCUGCUUUGGCCCAGAUGGCUGCAGCCUCCUGUGUGCAGGAGGAGAAGGAGGAGAGGGAGGUGGGCGAGACUGGAGACGCCAUUACACAAGUGAAACAACGUGUUGAACAGCGUCUGGAGCAGAUCGGUCGUCCUCAGGGAGUUCGUCUCCACACAGCUCAUGUGUUGUGUAUGGACGCCAUCCUAAACGUGGGACUUGAGAUGGGUAGUCACAACCUCGACUGCUGGCCACAUGUCUUCAGAGUGACAGAGUACAUCAGCUCACUGGAGCACACCCACUUCAGUGAUGGCUCCUCGCAGCCGUCCUCCCUUACCACCAUCACCCAGCAGGCAGCUGCCGUGGAUCUGGGGAUGGAGCUCAGCUGUGAGCCCAGCCCAGAGGCCACUGAGCUGGGCCUGAGCCAGCCGGUCAUCCAGCCUCUGUCCAUCCAGGAGCUGCUGAGGGAGAGCAGCAGAGGAGGCAGAGGUCUGGAUUUGAAGACUGGCAGUCUGAUGACAGGGAACAAUGCUGCCAAAGCUGUGUGUACGCUGUCAACACAGACCGAUAGGUUGUUUGAAGAAGCAGCGACCAAGCUAAAUCUGGUCGGUCUGGUUGGCUUCCUGCAGCAGCUCAGGAAAGCAUCUCAGUCUCAGCUGUUUGACUCAGUCACUGAGACUGGAGACUACUCGCUGGCAAUGCCAGGAGAGGCUAAAUCCACACUGGACCGCCGCAGCGCUCUCCAUCUCUUCCGUCUGGGGGAGGCCAUGCUGCGAAUUGUCAGGAACAAGAACCGACCUCUUCUGCACAUGAUGAGGGCCUGGAGUGUGGUGGCCCCACAUCUGGUGGAGGCGGCAUGUCACAAAGAGCGCCACGUUUCCCAGAAGGCCGUUUCCUUCAUCCAUGAUGUUCUGACGGAGGUGCUGACGAGCUGGGCAGAGCUUCCUCACUUCCACUUUAAUGAGGCGCUGUUCAGGCCUUUUGAACACAUCAUGCAGCUGGAGCUCUGUGACGAAGACGUCCAGGACCAGGUGAUAACAUCGAUAGGUGAGCUGGUGGAGAUGUGUUCCCCUCAGAUCCUGUCAGGGUGGAGGCCUUUGUUCAGUGCUCUGAGGACUGUCCACGGCAGCAAGACGGACACCAAAGACUAUCUACUGGGAGAAUACUCCAUGGGUAAAUCCCAGGCUCCAGUGUUCGAUGUCUUUGAGGCUUUCAUCAACACUGAUAACAUCCAAGUUUUUGCAAACGCUGCAACCGACUACAUCAUGUGUCUCAUGAAGUUCGUCAAAGGCUUAGGAGAGGUGGACUAUAAGGAGAUAGGAGACUGUAUCCAUGUGUCGGGUUAUAGUUCCACUGAUCUCUGCCUCCCUGCUCUCGACUACCUUCGUAAAUGUUCACAGUUGCUAGCAAAGAUUUACAAGAUGCCGUCCAAGCCGGUGUUCUUGGGGGCACGGCUCGCCAGCCUGCCAAUGAGAAUCCAGGAACGCCCGAUAGGCACUGAGGAUGGGAUGGACUGUGUCCUGCAGGAGUUUGAUGAUGACACAGGUCUGAUUCAGGUGUGGAUUUUGUUAUUGGAACAGCUUACUGCAGCUGUGUCAAACUGUCCCCGCCAACACCAACCUCCAACUCUUGACCUGCUCUUCACUCUGCUAAGAGAGGUCACAACUGUACCAGGUCCAGGGUUCGCCAUCUUCUCCGUCAUUCAGUUGCUUCUUCCUGUGAUGGCACUGUGGCUGCAGCGUAGCCAUGGCGAUCACUCAUAUUGGGAUGUGGCGGCUGCAAAUUUCAAACAUGCCAUUGGCCUGUGUUGUGAGCUGGUGGUGGAGCACAUCAACAGUUUCAUCCACUCAGACAUUGGCUACGAGUCUUUGAUCAACCUGAUGCUCAAAGAUCUGUUUAAACUGCUGGUGGCUUGUGUGUCUGAGCCUGCAGAGACCAUCUCCAGAGUGGGCUGCUCCUGCAUCAGGUAUGUUCUGGUCACAGUGGGGCCGGUGUUUACAGAGGAGAUGUGGAGGUUAGCCUGCUGUGCUCUGCAGGAUGCUUUCUCUGCUACAUUAGAGCCUGUCAAGAAUCUUCUAGCAUGUUUUCAUAGUGGCUCUGACAGUUUUUCUGGAGACGCCUGUGAGGUAAAGGUGGCAGCUCCGUCCCAUUCUCCUUCUGCAGAGGCUGAGUACUGGAGGAUCAAGGCAAUGGCUCAGCAGGUCUUUAUGUUGGACACCCAGUGUUCACCAAAGACACCCAACAACAAGGAGGGCUUUGAGCACGCUCAGUCCUGCGUUCUCAUCAUCGAGCUGCCUCCAGACACACAGUCCAACGGACACACUCAGAAAAGGAAAAUUGGGAUCCCAUUCAGGACCAUAGUGGUCAGCCUGCUGUCCCACCAAGUCCUGCUUCAAAACCUCUACGACAUCCUGCUGGAGGAGUUUGUUAAACAGCCCGAAGGUCACGAAAGAGUCACACCUGUGAGCUCUGACCCCAGCAGAGCCUCAGCAGGCUUCCUGCGCUACAUCUCUAUGACUAAUUUAGCAAUAAUCCUGGAUCUGCUGCUGGACUCCUACAGAACAGCUCGGGACUUCGACACUCGACCAGGUCUGAAGUACCUUCUGAUGAAAGUGUCGGGUGUUUGCGGAGCAGCAAAUCUGUACCGACAGUCUGCCAUGAGCUUCAACCUUUAUUUCCAGGCGUUACUCUGUGCAACCCUGAGCCAAGCCGAUGGCAUGACCGCUCAGCAGGUGAAGCGAAUCCUGUAUGAGGAGGAGGAAGGGAGUUCUGACUCCUCUCAUCCUGGCUCUGCUUCCUCAGAGGACGAAGACAUCUUUGAAGAGACAGCACAGGUCAGCCCUCCUCGAGGCCGUGAUAAACGUCAUCACUGGAGAGCCCCUAUCCCGUCCCUCAGCGUGCAGCCGAUAGGCAGCGCAGACUGGGCCUGGCUGGUCAAACGCCUCUACAAGCUGUGUAUGGAUCUGUGCAACAGCUACAUCCAAAUGCACCGGGAUCUGGAGAGCACACUGGAGGAGGCGGCGGUACUGAGAGGAGGAGGAGGGGACCAUGUCUUCUUCCUGCCCCUCUUUCAGUCUGAGACUUCCACCCCCACGUCAGUGGGUGGGCUGUCAGCGAGGGGGACACCAUCAGAAGAAAGAUGUCAGACAGCGGAUGCCAGUGUAGCAUCACCUGGAGACACGCCCACACCAAGCCCAGGAUUCAGCUGCACAGGCAGUCUUCCUCACCACUUCAGGACUGGAGGUGAGAGGAGAGACUCUAGCAUCACUGGGAGCUCGGUAGGAGGAGCACCUAGCAGCUCUGGACCAGGUAGAAGAAAGGAAUGGUGGGAAAGUGCCGGGAACAAACUGUACACCAUCGCCACGGACAAAACCAUCACCAAGCUCAUGAUGGAGUACAAGCGUAGGAAGCAGCAGCAGCAGCAACCUCAGCAGAGUCAUGUCAACCUGUUCAUGAAGGAGCAAGGCCGGGCGGCAACAGCAGCAGGAGGAGGAGGCGUCGGGGAGAGGAGGGGCCCUGUGGAGCCCCAAAGGCCCCCACAGAGGCCUCAGCAUCUGGUGGACCAGCAGGUUCCACCUUUGAGGCACUCAGUUAGCGCAGGUCCUGAAGUCCUGAGGCAGGAAAAGAGACCACGGUCUGGAUCUACAAUCAGCUCCCACAGCAUCUCACUGAGGGAUUCCGAAGCUCAGAUACAGGCUUGGACCAACAUGGUUUUGACCCUCCUGAACCAAGUCCUCCUCCUGUCAGACACUUCUUUCUUGGCACUCCAGCCAGCGCUGUAUCCCUGCCUCAGCCAGCUCACCUGUCACGUAACUGACGCUCGUGUCCGCCAAGCGCUGCGUGAGUGGCUGGGCCGUGUCGGCAGACUCUAUGACAUCAUUCUGUGAUGUUGCAGUAAUGAAAUGUAAAACAUGCAGAUGAGGAGGAGAGCAGGGAGUUUGUCAGUGAAGGAUUAAAAACAGGUGAAUAAGAUCGAUGUCAUUGGCUUCGAUGUCGCUAUGCAGUUGAUUGAUGAAGCGUUUGAUUGGCUGAUGAUGCCAAUGGAAUGGACCAGUGGAGCAUUAAUAGGCAAUCAUUUGACAUCAAGUUUAAGGAUUUGACUAGCAGAGUGAAUGUGCCACCUGUGUUGUUCUGCAGCUGGAGUUUUUCAUUUCCUCUCUACAAACACUCAAGACAGAGAACACAAACACUCAUAUAGUAGAGGCUGUUCUUACUUCGCUUUCUGAGUCUCUUUGUCCUUUCUCACCUCUGUCAUCUUGUCUGCAAACAGGUCAGUGAUUCAGUGUCUUCAAGAAGCUUAUUUUGAGACAGGAGGCUUUCUGGAGGAGCUUUAAGCGCCGAUGUUUAGGUGUACACUUGGAGGAAGCCUUUUAAGCCCCAAUGUGUAUACAAAACAAUGUAUUUAUUGGCAUUGUUAGGAUGAUCAUAGCGAUUGUUAAAACAACACAGCAGGCCAAAGAUGCAUCUGUGCCAUAUACUUGAUUAACAAUGCUCUGAUUUGACCAUCUGCCACUGCAAAUGCAUUUUGCCUCCUCACCUUCACAGCUCAUAUAUCAGGUGGAAACAAGGGAGUAAGGAAGGAAUAAAGGAUGUAAAAGAAAACCUGAAGAGGGUACUUUAUAGAAGCAUUAGAAUGAUAUUUAAUUAUCUUUUUUUCAUGAAAAACUGUAGGACAACACAAUUAUUUAAAACAUUACAGUAUUCAUUCACUACGCUUAUGUCUAUAUUUGAUCUUACAUAUUUAUCAUGUACAUUUUGGCUGCUUUUGUGGGACUGGGAGGCCGAUUAAUAUAUUAUUGUCUGCCUUCACUUCCUCGGAAAAUUGUAUCCUGACCCACUAUCUAAGGCUGGCACUUAAUCUCUGUUGAUGUGACGCAUGGACGCCACAGUGACAAACCACAAGUAACAAAAAUAAUGAUAAUGAAAUCAAGAAAAAUCAGGUCACAGUGUUCACAAUGAAAAUUGAAUGUUAUAUUUAUUUCUUUAAUUUCCUCCGCUUUAGAUAGUGAAGCUAAAUUACACCCUGCGGGGGAGUGGUUUUGCAUUUUUUCAAGUUUUCACUGCUACCAUUCAUUUACUUUAUAGAGCACAUUCAUUCACUUAUUCAUCUUUAACUGAUUUUUUUUUUUUUUUUUUAUUAGUGGCCCCCUAAAAAGAAUGUCUCACCAAAAUAUAAUGAAGUAUUUGAUUUAACCAAAGCCACAUGCAGAGAGUAUGUGCAUUAUAAUAGAUAAUGUUUAUUUAAAUGUUUAUGCGUGUACAUAUAUUUAUGCAGAUUUUUAUUUAUUCUGAGUUAAUUUUAGAGGUGGAUUUUAUAUUUUGUCAUGUGUUAUCUGAAAUUAUGCCAUGAUUUAUGUUUAUUUUGAUUUUUAUUAUUGUUUCUGCCACCAGCAAGGCACCACAUAUUUACCCACUAUUCACUGUCAGGUCUAGCCCCAGAAGGACUGCUCAUGCUAAAUGUGCACCUAGGUUAUAAAGUCAAGUUGCAUUAGAACUGUUGUUCUAAUGGAAAUGCUCCUAAUGGAGACUAACCCAUGCAGGUUAAACUGCAGGAACUGUUUUUACCUCAGAAACUGCAUCAUGGAACCGUUUGGCAUGCAUAAGCCUGGUGUACACUGUGUGAAUUUCAUCUGAUUCAGACAUGAAUAUGUCGCAAAACUUGCUUGGAACCCCAGCCAACUUUCAGCCAAAACAAUUCUGCAUCGUUAGUCAGUUUGUCAUGUGGUGUACUGGAGGAUAGGACGGCCAACCAUGACCCAGCUAUCCUAAUCCUUAACCUCUGGGCGUUUUUCCUUUGUGAACUGUCGGACACAUCUUAAAUCAUGACAAGAGCAGGAGUGACGGAUGAAAACGGAAGAAAAACAUACCACUAUCCACUUAAAUUAGGGAUAUUUUGACUCAACAGAGGUCCAAUCUGUUUCCUUAGGCCCAGUUUUUUCAUUUAUCAUAAUUUCACACAUAACAUCUCACCUCUCACAGCAUUAGAUAUGUUCACUUCAUGAAACAUUUACACACACAAAAAUCAAUGUUUAACCAAGUAGAAACCAUGUUAAUUUACAUAUCCUACUUUAUUUUAUCUGUGGUACAUAUCAAUGGUUUUGAGAAUUUCUUGGUCUUUCCCUGUAAAAUCAGCCGUGUUAAUCAGACAUCCCGGGACUAUCUGUACAGCUAUAUAACAUAAUCAGUUGUCAUUAAGUUCCUGUCACCUCUGAUAUUAUUUGACCAUCUGGUUGAUCUGCUGAAAUUUAAGGUUGUAAUUUUCUUUUAACGUCAGAGGAAAGAGAAUUGUUGUAUUGAGCCCAGGUUCAUUUUUGUGUCUUUAUUGAUGUACCAUUACGGCUCCAAACAUCUAUCAGAGGAUCUGGAUCUGGACUAUGGUGAUCAUUUAGUUGUAACUAUAAAAAGUCGCCACUUUUCAUCUUAAACAAAGUGGUUUACUGUUUACUCAAUACAAUUUUCUGUCUCUAGACUACUAUUUUUGCCACUCAGUGGCUGAAUUAGCCAACUGCUGCUGUGGCGUCACGCGCGUACCCUCGAGAGUCAGCUUGAAAUCGCACAGUGUAUAACCGGCAUCAAAAAUCAACUCCAAUGAUUGGUGGUGUAAACGUACAAAUUAUGAGUCAGGGCUUUACAACUUUUAACCAAUUGUGACACAGGGGUGGGACAAAGCAUCUACAAGCACUGCCUUUUGGUUCAGAGGACAAAACAUGGAUCCUCUAAAUCAAUCAGUGCUGCUGAACAUGCUUGUAUUUCACUGCUCACUGUGGAGUGCAUUUAGUUAAAUGAGACAUACCACUGGAGAGUAGGAAAUCUCAGCUUUCACCCAAUUUUUGAGGCAAUUUGAUGUGAUAAACAGUUCAACAUUAUCGCAUCAAACAUUUUUGCUGGGUGGCUAUUUUCAGCCACCGUCUACUAGUGUUUGAGGGUUAAAUAAUGAGAGAAUAACCAGACCUAUCAGUCAUGAGGCGGUAGCUACUGUACUGGAGGCCUGCAAACAACGGCAGCCAGCGAAGAGACUAGCAUGGAUGUAUACUGUGGAAGUUUUAUCAGAACUGGACAACAUUUCUUUACUAAAAGAAGAGCAAAGAACUGCUUUUGAACUGCCUGAUUUUCUUGGUGAAAAAGAUGUUUUUGCUCUUAUCUCAACCGGCUGUUUUGACUUUGGUGUCUCUUGAUUUUGUCUAAUAUAUGCAGAAGUAAUGCUUUUCAGCAAAAUAAUCUCACAUCCCAUUUCACCCUUUCAGAUUUCUUGCAAAGAAAAUGUAGAAAAGGACGCAUACCCCGCAGCAGUGGUUUCAGAUAUUGCAAAUAAACAACAGUAAUAUUAAAUCCUCCUUUGAGUGGUCCUGUUUGCUUUUGUGGGCCACAAAGAGCCAUUAAUCUGAAUUUCAGCCUGUUUCAUAAAACAUUUCAAAACCAUACACAGGAGCUUUAAAUCUGCAGUUUUAUAUCAAAGAAUUGAUAAAUUAAUUGCCUUAAGUGAAUUCCUCCAAGCUGCAUGGUCUAUUUAUAAAACUGUUGCAGGCAUUCUGCCCCUAUACAGUUUUGCCAGCCUGGUCUUUUCACGAAGAACUUUAUGAAACCAAAAUAUCCCACUAGUGGACAUUUUUAAUAAGGCAUGCAGAUUUACAAAGGGCACUACCAAGCAUAUUUAUAGAUAAAACCUUAGCUGAACACAUGGACAUCUCACUGCAACUGCAAUCUGGAUUAUCUCUGCAUUUUAACCCCCAGUUAUAAGUCAGUCCUUGUUACUCAAAGUGAAAUCAUCCAGCAGUUUUGUCUGGUUUCUGGAUUUUUGACUCACUCAUCCUAUAAAAAAGACCCUUUCUUUUGUAAUACACUCAUCUGUUGGCAGACGUUUGUCAUGUUCAUGCUAUUAAUGCUGGCCUUAUAGGACUUUUCAAGACAUUUCCAGUCACAGCCAAAUUUUCAAAGUCUGUAUGAAAUGAAGACUUUUUUCAGAGUUGGGCAUGCUCCCAUGACCCCUGUCUUUUUGUGUAAGGUGGCCGUUUA